AAAUUAUGAUCCAGGAUUGUGACUAAGCAACGCCCCACAACCUAAUCUCCCUCUCUCUCAUGGCUCAAUUCAGAACCAUCAGUUGUCGCCAUUUCCACAAACUCCUAAACCCCCAAAACCCUUCCCAAUACCUCAAAAACCCUCUUCGCAUUCAUUCCAAUACAACCCAUUACUACAAACCAACCUUAAUCUCUGUAUUCAACAGACCCAUAUCGCUUUCCUCACAAUUCCAACACGAAUCAAGCAAUUUACACGACACCCACGAUCGCAAUUCGAAGCCGAAGAAGCCCUUACACCUUCUGUUCAAGGAAGCCGUCGGAUUAUCGGGAAAAAUCGAGGUCGAAAACGAAGUCGAAGACAGUGAGUUGAAGAAGAAGUUGAGGAAAUUGGAGGAGGAAGUGAGGAAGUUGACUGAGAAUCGUAAUGAGAGAGAAAUCCUAAAGAAAUUGGUCAAGAAGUCUAAUAACGGUGAUGGGUCGAAGGAGUUGAGGACUAUUACCAAGAGCUUGCAUUUGUUGUUUGCAAAUAAUGAUGUCGGUGGUGGUGGUGGUAGUGAAAAAAGUGAGGGUAUGGCGAAUUUGGGCAUGGAGGAUCCAAGGGUUUACAAAGAGCUUUCGCGCGAAAUGGUGGAGUUUGUGACUCAUUUGUUUGAGAAAGGGUACUUCAGGGAUGCUAAUUUCUUGCCCAGGAACAAGUUUGAUGUUACUUGUUUCGAAAACAGUUACGGCCGCGAUUUCGUGAAGUAUGCUGCUGAGAAGUUUGGCAAGGAUAACCGCGAAAUCGCAAAAUGGUUGUCGGCCAGUGACAUGAAAAGGGUGGCCGCCUUUGGUUGUCCUUCCCUGGGAAGGAAGAAUAUCUUUUCCGCUAAAAGACUACGCUAUUUUUUCGGAAUUCAGGAAGACACUGUGUGCAGCAAAUGCAUUUUGAAACCAUCGUGCAAAUUUGUGAAUCAAAGUGUAUGGAGAGGUGAUAACAAGAACUUGGAUUUGGUUGUUGUAAUGAGGGUUAUCACAUUGUACGCUUUGGAAUCAGUACCUCCACAGUUGGUCGUGCCCGACGAGAUAAAGGAUUCUGUUAAUAGGUUGCUGAAGGAGGUUGUGAACCUAAGUGAAGCUGUUGCCUAAGGUGAUUUUAGUUGUCCGUAGGUACAUUGGUCUUUCGGGUGCUAUGAAGCUGGAUCCUUGUUGAUACUCCUUGAACAGUUUGCUGGUUUCUGGAUUAGUCAACUGAUUUGUCUUUCGUCCUUAGGGUACUGCCAUUAUUCUGUUGCAAAAAUCUGGAAGAUUUAAAUGCGAUGUCUAAAUGUCAAGAUUGUUCUUCUUCAACAAAUGCUACGAAUAUUUAGCUGCUGAUGCCAAAGAUUCCGAUUGCAUCCAUGACAUGA